AUAAAACAGAAAGGGACAAAGCAGUGGGAAUGUUUCCUGUUUGCCUCAGAACAGGUUUGUGCUGUGGCUGAGGGAAAGGCAGUGCUAAGAAAAGCCAACAGACGCUUCUCCUCUGAGACAAAAUGGACUCUUUCAACGGACCUUGCCCUCAUCAGAGUGUUCCUGUUGAGAUGGAUGAGAGCAUGACAUCCUCCAGUCUGGACUUGGUCUGGCCACCCUCUUGUAAACAGUGUAGUGGCAAUGUAGAGACCAGCAAAAGGAUACAGGACUAUGGCUGUGAGCCACCUCAACCUAGUGAAGCACAUGAUGUCAGACAGAGGAGACUCCCAGAGAGCCAGGACCAGUGUGAAUCCAGGGCUGCCUAUUAUGCUGCUCCAGAAUCCAGCAUUAGACCCCAAACACACCCAGGACAGAUGAAACCCUUCCACCCUGCAGAUUUCUGGCCUCGUGGCCCCAGAGAGCAGGCACCACUGUAUGAACGGGAACAUAUACUUAACUACAGUAGAGGCUUUGCAGGCCCCUCAAACUGGCCCCAGGACUGCUCUAUGGAGGAGGCAGAACACCUGGAAGCCCCUCUCCCACUGAUGUCUGACAUUAACUACACCUAUUAUGUUCCAUCAAAAUACACUGCAGCCCGUUUGCCUGUUCAGCGCCCCAAUCCAAAGCAGGGGAGUUAUCACAGACAUUGUGUGUGCUGCCCUCCAUCAAAUCUGCACUGUAAUUAUGGCCAUUAUAAGCAUUACCCAGCAGAUUCACACCAGAAGCCACAACACCACCAACAGUCCUGGGAUCCAUCCCAAAACAGGUUGCAACUUAAAGAUGCUCCAAAUCCUCCCCAAGAACCUGUGCCUCCGUGCAUGGCACCUCCUAGAGAUGUGAUGCAUGAGGUCAGCGUGGAUUGCUCCUUCCAGGCAGGUUCAGGACCUGCCACAAGGGAGAUUAGGAAGACCAUCAGCCUACCUGAGGAGUGUAGGAAUGUUUUCAUCACAUACUCAGUGGACACAGCCAAAGAUAUCAUUGUUUUCACCAAAUUCUUGACGGAUCAGGGAUUCAAACCAGCUAUUGACAUCUUUGAUAAUCCAAUCCGAAGGAUGGGCAUCACCAAGUGGAUGGACAGAUAUCUGAAUGAUAAAUCAGUGCUCAUCAUUGUGGUCAUCAGCCCCAAGUACAAGGAGGAUGUAGAGGGAGAUGGAGAUGAUGACCAUGGCCUGCACACUAAAUACAUUCACAAUCAAAUCCAAAAUGAGUUCAUCCAACAAGGCUGCCUGAACUUCAGACUGGUACCUGUACUGUUUCCUAAUGCAACUAAGAGACAUGUCCCCAACUGGCUCCAGAGCACCAGGAUCUACCGCUGGCCCCAGGACACGCAGGACCUGCUGCUGCGCCUGCUCAGAGAGGAGCGCUACAUUAUGCCACAGCGGGGGUCGGACCUCACCCUCACUGUUCGUCCCCUCUGACAGACAUUCAUUUCAACAGCCUUUCCAAUCUCACAUCAUUCUCUGAAUACCACUCAGUCUUCACUACAGAGCCUGGAGUUUGCCACAGCAAUAUUUAUAGACUUUAACAGUUACAGUGGAGUCAUAAAAUGUAUUUAAUAAUGUUAAAACUGGCCACUCAGACUCUCUGAUAGUCUGAUUGUUCAGCUGUUUCAUAUUGGUAGUAGUUGUACUUUGUGGGUUGAACACAUUUUAAACUUAAAUAAUAAUUAAUUAAUUUCUUGGCAUCAGAAUGCCCUGUAAACACAUCACAUGCCAGUGGGAGAGGAGAAUGAGGAAAUGGCCCUUUGGACUUAAAAACAGGAUAUCUCAUUUCUCAGUUCUGCCCAGUCUCCCUGACACUCACAGUCCCACAGUGUUGGUGUUAGCUGGCUUGGAAGGCUGUCACAGCUCAAUGCUGCUCAGUGCAAUCAAGUCUCUCCAGAAAAUCACUUGUUUAUUGUCAAACAACACUUCAAAUGUAAAAAUGAAGAGGCUGUUUGCUUACUGUUAUCCAAAGAGAAAACACAACACCUGGCAUACUAUUACAUUAUAAAGCUGAUAUGGCAAACAGGUUAUCAAAUGAGUGCCUAUUUACACAUCCAGCCAACAAGGAGCAAAAUUAGCAUUAAUGAGUCACGUUUCUGACCACCUGAUCAUUGAAUGUUUGGUGAAUGUUUUGUAUUUUGUCAUUUUGUUUUGAAUUUUUUUAACUUUCAGUUUGAUUAUAUACCAUUUGCAAAUGUAUUUAAUCAAGUCAUGACUACUUCUUCAGAUUCAUCAAAUUAUUAAAAGACUUAAUAAAACACUG